AUGGGCGGGCAGCUGGCGCAGCAGCAGCAGCAGCAGCAGCAGCAGCAGCAGCAAGGGGCUCCCAAGCAGCAGCAAGCCGCAGCAAGCAGCAGCAGCAUGCAGGGCUAUGUGGCGGAGUUGGCAGCAGAAGCAGCGGCGGCAGCAAAGGCAGCAGCAGCAGCAGCAAAGGCAGCAGCAGCAGCAGAGGCAGUAUCGGAAGCAGCAGGAAAAGCUGGCUUUGCUGCAGCAGGAGCUGCAGCAAAGGCAGCAGCAACAGAAGCAGCAGCAGCAGCAGCAGAAGCAGCAGCAGCAGCAGCAGCAGCAGUUGCUGUUGUGUCUGCACAUUAG